GUCUCUUCAUUCCAUGUAUAUACCAAAGUUGUUUUCUUCCGUAACUCUCCAGAAUCUUUCAUUUCUUACCCCCAAUCCCACUAAUAUGUUCAAUUUAUGGAUUUUAAUCACCCAAAUUCACUCCCUUGCAGGGCCGAUGUUGAUGUUAUUAUAUCCUUUAUAUGCUACGGUUGUAGCUAAAGAGAGCACAUCCAAGUUGGAUGACGACCAAUGGCUUGCCUAUUGGAUUAUUUAUUCAACUCUCACCCUUGUAGAAAUGAUUUUCGCACCCAUCUUGCAAUGGAUACCAAUUUGGUAUAGUGCAAAACUAUUGCUGGUGGGAUGGUUAGUUUUGCCGCAGUUCAAAGGUGCUGCUUUCUUGUAUAAAACGUAUGCGAGACAGUACAUUCGAGAGUACAUCAUGCCCAAAAAGAGGGAACCUUUAUUCAUGAGGUAUAUUGAAAGGGAAUGAUGGUGCUGCUAAUGGAUUUUGACCAAAGAUGCGCGUGUAAUAGUCCAAUCUUUGGAUGAGCUUAUAUUUUAGUAUUUGAUUAGGAAUUAAUACUAAUUGACUUUACUUUAUAUCUAAUGUAUGGCAUUAAUAUUGCAAUAAACGGUUAUUUCAAAAGUUUUGGGGGGAUAUUUUAACAAAACAAAGCAACAAAAAUUAUAAUAUUGUUACAAUCUCAUGCUUGUAUCACACAUUUUUUAGGUUCU